CUUUUUUUCCCUCUCCUUUUCUUUCUCUCACUCUCACUCUCUCUCUCUCACAGAGAUACAGAAAACAGACAAGAGAAAGAAAGAAAGAAGGAUGGUUUUGCCCAACAGAGCUCAAGCUUUGCCCUUUCUUUUAUUGAAUUUGCUGAAUUGGUACUCUCAUUUCCUCUUUCAAGUCUGGCCUUAUAUUUUAGUGUACUUGGUGAAUCUAUGUUUCUCUUAUUUCUUCAACAUUGAGCUAGGCGAAUUUUAUCCCUUCAAACCAAAGGUGGCCAAAGUCCUGUUCUUAGGCCAGGAUAUGGCCUAUAAAAAGUCAGUGAUUUUGAAACUCUUUGAUGAGAGCAUACUUGGGAAUGAGAAUAUGCAAUCACAGUAUUUGACAUCAUGUGUGUCUAGUAUUGGGGGAAUCAAAUUUAACUUCUUUGAUUUAGGAGAACAUUCGAUAGCUCGUAGAGUUUGGAGAGACUACUGUGCCAAGAUGGAUGCAGUUGUGUACAUUGUGAACGCUAAUACCAGGAACAGGGAGCUAUAUUUGGGGCCAAGAGAAGAGCUGAACGCUCUACUUUCUGAUGAGGCCUUUGCAAAUGUCCCAUUUCUUAUUUUUGGCAUAACAGCUGCUGAACCUUCUUCUUUCCCAAAAGAGGAAUUGUGUUCCCUCUUGGACCUGAACAACAUCACCACAGGGAAUGGUGGGGUAGACCUGGCAGACGCAAAUGCCCGUCCCCUUGAGGUUUUUGUGGCUGAAUCAUACAACGAAAGCCAGUAUCUGUAUGGUUUCGAGCAGCUUUCUAAGUACAUUAAGUAGUAGGCAUUAGAAGCGAAGAUUUCGCAGCUUAUUUUAAGUGGAGAUGCUGGGCGCACUGCCAGAUCUCCUGCUAUAUCUAGUACCACAUGAGAUCCAUCUGGUUUAGGUGAAGGGACUUGAAGUAAUGCAGUCACUAUGCAUACUAGGGAGUUCUCCUACUGUAUCUGCAUCUGGGAAGCUUGAGAUUGAUGUUGAAGCAAGUGCCUCUUUACCAACAAUUCUUGUACUACCCAUUAGACACACCUAGAGCACAGAUAAUAUAACAUUUACGAAUUAAAUGCUUAUGCAUCAACUUAAAAGCAAUAAUAUGCUUCUAGUAUGACAAACUUCCA